AUGCCAAAUGUCUCGCUGCUUUUCCUUUGGGAACCCUUCGCAGUCGUCGCCGAGAACGCCAUGCACACCGCUUACACAGCCAUCAUGGGCGUCCUCCACCUCAUACCCUCCAACGUCGACGUCAGCUACAUUUUGACGGCAGAUCUCGCUCUAAACAUACACGCAUGUGGUCGCAUGAUCGUCGACUUCAUACAAGUUGCGCUCGACAAGCAGGCCUACGGCCUCGCCGUACAGUACAGAGCAGACCUUGCGGUGAUACAAAAUCUCCUCCAGCGGUAUGCUGCCAAGCAUCCAUUGGGUGGUUUCUCAGGCGCAUUUCUCGACACCUAUCUCGAGGCUGUCAUGAGCGGGAGCGACAGCUCGGCAACGUGCGAAUCUUCCUUUGCGAAUGCCAACGCGAAGCCCGCUGCAAUUGAGAUGGAGGCAUUCGUAACAGAAGGCGGGAUGACCUUGUUUCAUAAUUCAUAG